UCUAGAAUCUGUUCUGCUGCUUGGGCUGUUGAGCAGGGAUGGCUGGGAGUUCCUUUUCUGCGUUUGUGCCUUUUCCUCUUCCGUGUCCUUCCCGCUAAAUUGUCCAACGAGGGUCGCUAGGCAACAGUCCCUGGGUUACUUUGGAUUAGGGUCGCUGCCCCGCUUGGGGCCGAAGAAGGGAACCUCCGGCGUCCUGGCUCUUCCGAGAACGGGUACGCGGGUGCCGACAGCCCUGACGUGGAAGCGGCGAGGGUGACUUGAACGAGCAAAGAUUUGGAUUAUUUCCAGAUGAGCUUCCUGUUGCCCAAGCUGACCAACAAAAAGGAAGUAGACCAGGUGAUAAAAAGUACUGCAGAGAAGGUGUUGGUUCUCAGGUUUGGGAGAGAUGAAGAUCCUGUCUGUCUGCAGCUCGAUGAUAUUCUUUCUAAGACCUCUUCUGACCUAAGUAAAAUGGCUGCCAUAUACCUGGUAGAUGUGGACCGAACUCCCGUUUAUACACAGUAUUUUGACAUCAGUUAUAUUCCAUCUACUGUCUUCUUCUUCAACGGGCAGCAUAUGAAAGUGGAUUAUGGAUCUCCAGAUCACACUAAGUUUGUGGGAAGUUUCAAAACCAAACAGGACUUCAUAGAUUUGAUUGAAGUAAUCUAUCGCGGAGCAAUGAGAGGAAAACUUAUUGUCCAGAGUCCUAUUGAUCCCAAGAAUAUUCCCAAAUAUGACCUUCUCUAUCAAGACAUUUAGUACACCGUCUGCUGUCAAAGACAAAGAGAAAGGCACAUCUUGAAGCAGUACCUGAAUCCCAGCCGUGCUGUUUUCUGGAGUCAUUCAGAAAUGUGAUCAGUGUCCCAGUGGAGAAGAGGUUUGACAUGCAUGUAAAAUACCAGCCCCUGAGGAGAAAAUCACACUGGUUCCCUGCUUCUCUGAGAUGCCUAAAUGUCUGCUCCCUGCGAACCUCAGAGCAGUCAAGCCGGUGCUCUUCAGUUUCCCCAGGGUGAUUUGUUUUUUUACCUUCUCUUUAUAGCGUGCUUUCUUCAUACUUUAAGAUAAUACAGAAUCCUCCCAAACA